AUGACAACAACAACAUUUCAACCAAAUGAAAUUAUAAAAGAAUUAAAUAAUAUUUUAUUUAGAUUCGCAUUAAUUGAUACAGAAACAUCAUUUGAAAAAUUUUUGGAAUCAUAUUUAGAUGUAAUUAUAGAGAAAUUAAAUUAUAAUGAUGAAUUAGUUAAAAAGAAAGUUAUGGAAGUAUUAAGCAAUAUAAACAAGAGAUCCAUGGUAACUUCAAAUAUUCAAUUUCCAAUUGACAAACUUUUAUCACUUUAUCAUAAUGAAGAGAAAUCAAUGAUGGUUAAGAACUUUGCAAUCAUUUAUAUUGAAAAAGGUUUUAAAACUUUAUCACCAACUUCAAAAGUUCCAUUUCUUUCUCAAAUUACAAAGGAUAUUAAUAAAUUACAAUCAUUACAUCAAGAUAUAUUUUGUCAUAUAAUUUUAUCUAUAUUAAUUUCAGUUCAAAUUCCAAAGAAUGAAAAAGAAAAGAAUGAAUUAUUUGAAUUUUUAAGAAAUGAAAAAGAGAGUAAAAUUAUAUUAUCAUUCUUUUUUGAUUUUUUAAUAACACCACCACCAGAAGCACAAAGUAAGGCAAUCGUUGGUGGUAUACCACCAUGUCAUAGUUCUGUAUCAUUACAAAGAAUAAUGGGUAAACAAUUGAAUAAGUAUGAUUUCAAUCAAUUGAAUGAAAGGAAAUUAGCAAUAUUGAAUGUAUUAUCAAGUGGAGUGAUUCAACAAGAGAAUGAUAUAUUCUUACAUUUCUUGGUUGCAUCGGUUGAUUCAAAUUUUCAAGAGGUUCAAAAGAAAGCUGAAGAUUUCAUAAAAAGAUUAUCAAAAGUUAAAUUUGAGAAUAGUGAAUUGAUUGAACAAAUGUAUUCAAUAUUUUUAGGUUCACAAGCUAUUGCUUCAAAAAAACAAUCACAACAACAACAACAACAACAACAGACUCAACCUGAAAUACCAUUAGAUCAAAGAAGACAAGAAGCAUCACCAAUUCUUAAAGAAAGAAUUUUACAAUACUUUUGUAAAUCGAUUGUAGCAGCAAACCAAUUCUCGUUGACAUUACAUGUUAUAUUUGAUAGUAUUUAUGGCUCAUCAACAACAAUGAAAUUGAAGCAAUCGGCAAUGAUAUUUGUUCAAUGGGUAUUUAGACAUUCAUCAGAUCAACAGUUAUCAACUAUGGGUCCUGUGAUUUUCUCUGGUUUGUUAAAGUUAAUCGAUGAGUUGGAGAAUUCCGGUAGUACAAGUAAAGAGGUUAAUGAAUUGAAAUCAUUUACCUAUAUGUCUUUGGGUUUAUUAUGUAAACGUAAUAAGGAUCUAUUCAAGAACGAUAUUCAAUUGAUUGGUAAGCUAAUGAGAAAAGUCACCACCGAAGAGUCAAUGGUGGCAAUAUCAAUUCAAGAUUCACUAGUUAUGAUGAGAGAAGCGUUCAUCGAGCCAUCUAAAGAGAUUGGUGAUCAGUUAAUUAGUAUUUUAAAUUCAUUUGUACAUGGUUAUGAAAAUAGUGAAUAUCAAAUCCGUACGAUAUGUCUUCAAUGGGCACAACAUUGUUUCCCAUUUCAAGAUAUUAGAUCACGUUAUAUCAGUUUGAUUUUCAGUGGUGAUUCAAGACCUGACAUUAGAGAGGAAGCAAAGAGAGGCUUAGAACCAUACCAACAUCAAGGUAAUAUGAUGAUUCCACCAACGAUUGAAGAAUCAAAACAAAUUUAUCCAGAUUUUAAAUCAUUAUUAAAUUAUAUAAUUGACCGUCGUGAAGAGUUGAUAAAAUCAAAUACAGGUUCUGGUGGUGGUGGUAAAUCAAAAUACUUUCAAGGUGGAUUACAAAUUGGAUUCUCUGCAAUGUCUUAUGAGAAUAUGUUGGAGUUGUUAAGAAAGUGUUUAAGAAAAUCAGCAUUAUUAAAUGGCCAAACUACAUCACAAUACGUAAUGGAUAGCUUAGAUAAAGAUAGCAUUGAAAAGUAUUUAUCAUUCAUUGAAAUUGGUUUACAAAGUAAAAUUGGUGAUGAAGUUGCUUUGGUUAGUUCAACUUCAUUAUUGGAUCUUAUGAAUUUAGAUGAACAAGUCAUUGAACAAUUUGCUCAAUCACCAGCGAAAUUAGGUUUAAUUGAAAAGUUAAUUCAAUCUUCAAAACCACUAUUUAAAGAUCUUUAUUCUAAAAUGAUUGGUUUAAUUAGUUUUUAUUUUAAUAAAGAGAAAUUGGAUGAAUUAAUUAAUCAGUUCAUGAAAAAGGUUGAGUUUGAUAAUGAUGUAAUCGAAGUUUAUGGUUCAAUGUUAUCAUUGGCAUCAAUGAUUUCAAAUUUCAAUAGAAAACAACAAUCUGAAAAAAUCAAUCAAGAAAGUGUGGUAAAGAAAUUUAUAAAUUUAAUAUUUGAAAGAUUCAUUGAUCAUAAUAAUCAAGCAAUUAAAUUAUGUACAGUUCAAUCGAUUGGUUUAGUUGGUGUUUAUAAAUCAUUGCCAUUUUCAACAUUGGAUGAGAAAUUAAAAAUCAUUUCAAAGCUAAUUCAAUUGGUUAAAUCAACUGCAUCAAGUGAAAGAAAUUUAGCAGAGGGUUCAAUUCAAGCAUUGGGUUGGAUUUGUUUUGGUGAUAGUGAUAAUGAUUCAAAAGAAUUUAAAGAAAAAGUUGUAGAUUCUCUCUUUGAAUUGGUAAAUAAUAAAAAUGAAGAGAUGCAAUUUACAAUUGGCGAAACUUUAUCAUUAAUUAUUGGUGGUCAUAAAAUGAAACAAUCAAUUUUCCCUUUUUCACCAUUUUCAACUGAAGAAAUUUUAUCUGAAAAAAGAAAAGAAAUUGAAUUUUUAGGUAGUCAAUCAAAUAUGUUAAUUGAUGAUGAUAAUAAUAAUAAUUCAGGAAAUGAUGAUGAUGGUGGUGAUGAUGAAAGUAAAAAUAUUAUUAAAACAUUUGAUAGAAUUUUAACAAAUUAUUUUUCAGAUAGACAAUCACCAAUUACAAGAUGUUCAGCUGGUAUUUGGAUGGUAUGUUUAUUAAAGAAUUUUGGUAAAUUACCAUUUGUACAACCACAAUUACCUUUGAUUCAAAAUGGUUUCAUUUCAUUGUUAUCUGAUAAUAAUGAAUUAACUCAAGAUGUUGCAUCCAAAGGUAUAACAUUGGUUUAUGAUUCAUCAAUUGAUCCAAAGUUUAAAGAAUUUUUAGUAUCAAAUCUUGGUAAAACAUUAAGUGGUAAACCAACUCAAAAAGCACCUGGUUCAACUGAACUCUUACCAGAGGGUACAAUUAAUGGUGGUAAUAAAACUGGGUCAGCGUUGACCUAUAAGGAGUUAACAUCCGUUGCCAAUGAUCUUGGUAAACCUGAUAUGGUCUAUAAGUUGAUGAAUUUAUCAACUCAUCACCAAAUUUGGAAUUCAAAGAAAGGUGCAUCAUUUGCAAUCGUAUCAUUGGCAUCCAAAGCAAAGGAUGAGUUGGCUCCAUUGCUACCAUCAUUAAUUCCAAAGAUCUAUAGAUUCGUUUAUGAUCCAAAUCCAAAGAUGGCCGCUUCAAUGAAGAGUAUUCUUAAUGCAUUAAUCGAUCAAAAAGAUUUAUUCCCACAAUAUUUCCAACCGAUAUUAAAAGAGGUCUUACAAGGUAUGGGUACAACUGCUUGGAGAGUUAGAGAGGCAAGUUGUUCCGCCAUUCCUGAUACAAUUCAAAAUGCAACACCAGAACAGAUUUUACCCUAUUUGGAGGAGAUAUUCUUUAUGAGUUUCAGAACAUUGGAUGAUAUAAAAGAAUCUGUUAGAAAGGCAGCAGAAGUUUCAAUGAAAUCAAUUGGUAAUGUUUCAGCUCGUUUAUGUGAUCCUGCCUAUACUUCACCAAGUAAAGCCAAAGAGGUAUUGAAGUUGAUCUUACCAUUCAUACUUAACAAAGGUAUUUCAAAUGAUUCCAACGAGGUCAAACAAUUCUCAAUUAAACAAUUGGUUAGAAUUUCAAAGAGUUCAAAACAAUUGCUAACUCCAUACAUACCCGAUAUGAUCACUGUGCUAUUGGAAUCGUUGAGUAGUUUAGAGCCUGCAAGUUUCAAUUAUGCAAGUUUUCAUGCUGAAUCAAUGAACGUUUCACAAGAACAAUUGGAAUCUAUGAGAGUUGAAAUCUCAAAAACUUCACCAUUAAAUGAUAUUUUAGAAGUUUGUCAACGUUAUAUCGACGAUUCAAAUAUUACUCAAGUAUUGGCAAAUCUCAAUCAAUUGGUACAAUUUAGUGUUGGUAUUAUCACCAGAGUUGGUGUUGCUAAAUUCAUUGGGGCUUUAUUCCAAUCGAAAACUGCACCAAUCAAUGAUUUACCAGAACAAUCCCUAACAAAGUUGAUUAACACAAUGUUCCCUUCUGUCAUUGAUAAAUCACCAACCAUUAGAAAACAUUUCAUUGUUGCUCUCUCACAUAUUCUUUCGAAAUCACCAACCAAGCUAAUGGGUCAACUUUUAGAUAGAAUUUCAAGUUUAGUAUCAGCAGAUUCUGAUCCAUUACAAUUGGAAGAUAAUUUAAUAAUAGUUGGUACGAUCUAUAAAGAGUUAUUCAAGAAUUGUCCUUCAAAGAUUUCAAAUUUCAAUGUUGAUGUUAUACCAUUCCUUUAUUUCUAUAAAUCACAUCCAAAGAAAGAAAUCUCUGAACUAUAUAAAUCAAUUUGGGAUGAUAAUUCAAUUGGUUCAAUUAAAUUAUAUUCUGAUGAAAUUAUAAAAUUAAUCACUACCAAUAUGAAUAGUGGUACUUGGUCAACAAAGGAACAAGCUGCUUUAUGUUUAUCAAGUUUAACCGAUGAUAUUAGAAAUAUGAUUGAUACUCAUUUACCAAUGAUUUUAAAUUUAAUUGUUCAAGGUCUUAAAGGUAGAACUUAUCCUGGUAAAGAUUCUUUAUUAGGUUCAUUAUCAACUUUAUCAACAAUUUGUUCAAAAACUAUUAUUGAUUCAAGUAAUAAUAAUAAUAAUAAUAAUAAUAAUAAUAGUAGUAGUAGUAAUAAUGGUAAUAAUAUUCCAACACCAUCAGAAAUUGUAAAUAUUAUGUUUAAUGAAUGUAAAAAGAAUGAUUUAGAAUAUAAAAGAAAAGCAAUUACAAAUUUAUCAAUAAUAUUAAAAUCAUUUAAUACUAUUGAUAUUUAUGAUAAAGUUAUUGAAGAGUUUUAUCCAUUUGUUUUUAAUCAAUCAACUGAAGAGUCAAUGAAUGUUGACCCUAAAGAAGAGAUUGACAAAGAUGAAUUAAAAUUAAGACCAAUGAAAGCUUUAAUUAGAACUCAAAUCUAUAAUGUAAUUGGCGACUCUUUCAAAGCAUCAACUAAAGAAACAAAAUUAAAGAAUCUAUCAAUUGCUGAUUCGUUAUUAAAUAAUUUAGUUUCAAGUUUAUGGAGUGAACAACAAUCAAUACUUUAUGCUUUAUCUUGUUUCGUUAAAUCAAUUUGGUCAUUAGAUGAUUGCUCUGAAAGUUCUAACUUUUACCUUGAUGAAACUAAUAUUAUCAAAUUAUUCUCAACAAUUGCUGAAACUUUAAAUUAUACAAAAUAUCAAGCUGUAAAAAAAUCUUGUUUAGAUCUUUUAGAAGAUAUUGUAGUCACAGGUGGUAAAUUUAAAAUUAUUAAUUCAAAUUUUGAUAAAAUUAAAUUUUUAAUUACUGAAGCUUCAAAAAAAGAUAACUCAAUUGGUGUACAAGUUGAUAAAUUAUUAAAAUUAUUAAAUUAA